GGUAUUUUGUAUCUGUGUUAACCUAAAAGUUUGAAUUUUGUUUUUAAACCGUAUAUCGUGUUUUAAUAUUUAAUUUUUAUAAUGUCAAAUGAUAAUUUAUUACAAAAAACUGCGCAACGCUUAGGAGUGUAUCAGGAAUCAGUUAUUAACAAAACCAGGGAGUUUUUGCGAGUUCUAAGCAACAAAGGGAGCAUAAAAUGCUUAAACGAGAACGCAAAAACAAUAUUAUGUUUCGAUUUGGCCUCUAUAUUAUUAGGAACACCUUUUGAUAAGGAAACUGCUAUAAAAUUGUCAGGCUUAAAGAAAAGUUUGUAUAACAACAACCACAACACUUUAGAAAAAGUUUUAGACUUAAAUAAACAGUUGAGCAUAUCGGAAUUAUGCGUACAAAUGAGUUGUACAGUUGUAAAGGACAUAGCUGAGGAUAUCUUUGAUAAAUAUAAAAAUUUUGAUAACAAAAUAAAAGAUUUAAAUCAUCCACAGUAUGCGGCUGCUGCCGUUUUUACAGCUUGCAAGUUAAAACAUGUUGGUGUAAAUAAAUCUCAGUUUGCUACUGUAAGUCGCUUAAAGCCAGCACAGUGGAAAGAAUUAACAGAAGAGUUUAAAAAAUUUGCCGAAACUAUUGGUAUGACUGGGGGUAAAAAACGACAAAAAGCUAAUGAAAAUAAAAAUGAAGAAGAAAUGUUUGUAGAAGUGGUUAGUGCUGCUGACUACAAGCCGGAGGUCGUGGCUUCGAAUCCCAUCAGGGGUAUGGCUGUUUAUUUGUGUUUGUCCUAUUGUUUAAUAGUCCUUCGGGGGGACUUUAAGCCCGCGCAGUUGGCUUCUGGGACUUCUUAG